UCCACUGCAGUGGCCGCUCCCUGGGCCGUAGGAAAUGAGCGAUAACGAUGACAUCGAGGUGGAGAGAGGCGCUGACAAACGGGCUCAUCAUAAUGCACUGGAACGAAAACGUAGGGACCACAUCAAAGACAGCUUUCACAGUUUGCGGGACUCGGUCCCAUCACUCCAAGGAGAGAAGGCAUCCCGGGCCCAAAUCCUAGACAAAGCAACAGAGUAUAUCCAGUAUAUGCGAAGGAAAAACCACACGCACCAGCAAGACAUUGAUGACCUCAAGCGGCAGAAUGCUCUUCUGGAGCAACAAGUCCGUGCACUGGAGAAGGCAAGGUCAAGUGCCCAACUGCAGACCAACUACCCCUCCUCAGACAACAGCCUCUACACCAACGCCAAGGGCGGCACCAUCUCUGCCUUCGAUGGAGGUUCAGACUCCAGCUCAGAGUCCGAGCCUGAAGAGCCCCAGAGCAGGAAGAAACUCCGGAUGGAGGCCAGCUAAGCCAUGUGGGGCAGGCCAGCAAUAAAAACUGUCGUCUCCAUCGUCUCUUCCUCCUCAGUUCCUCGUUAGAACCCUCGAAACCAUUGAAAGACUCUUAAUUUUCCUUUUCUCUUUAUUAAUUGUUAUUUUUGCAUAGAAGCUCUUGGACAACAGCUCUCAUCACGUCCCUGUGUCCACUAUUUUUAAAUGUAUUCCCUUCAGGGGUUCCUGUCCCCACCAGAAAUUUUAAACCAAAACACCCUAACUUAGCAGCUCUUUCUGUGGAGGACAGACAGCCGGCCAGACCUCUGAGUACAUGGUGUCCUGCGCCCCCUCCCCCAGCUCCUCCAGCCCUCAGAGUGUGUGCCUGGAGGGUGCCUGCUCCACGGGCCCCUCCCAGUCCCCUCACCUCUGUUUGGUGGACUUUGUGACUCUCUGAACUGCUCUACUUUGACAAGAUGACCAGAUUGGAGUAAUGAGAGUUAACCCCUCCUCUGUAAGGAUUGUUUUUGAAAAAGCUAUUGCUCCUAUUGAAAGACCAGAUUCUUGAAGAAGUUUGUGGUGUAAAAGGAAAGCAGGGACAGGAUUGCAGAAUCCUUGGCAUGUUUCACUCUUCAGUUAUUUAAGUCUGCAGAGCCAGCCUUACAGAAGGCCACGUGACACUGGUAUGUAUAGGAGGUGGCAGCAGUGAAAUGGCCUCCCAGGAGUGGUGGGGUGGCUGUUUGUGGGUGGGACAGGGAGGGAGUCUUAGGUGGGGUAGAGGUUUUGUAUUAAGGGCCAGUGAUGAUGUUUUGAUAUUUAUUUCCUGCUACUGAAAUUCGAAUUUGAAUGAAAUGCCCCUAUUUCUGAUGAUGUCGAUAUUGUAAAGCGACAGAUUCAUAAAGCAAUGAUCAAAUCUUCA